AUGGCUCUUGUUCCUCUCCAAUUAAUUGGAAGAAUCUCAGAGCACGAACGAGAUAUUUUUUGGAAAAAUGAUCUACCUUCUUCCGUUUCGUUGUGCAGACCGAUCAAGCUAAUUUUUUUGAAGGAAUCUGCUCAGCUAACGCGAAAUGAAGUUGAGAAAGUGCGAGAUCAAAUAAAAAAUCUGAGGCCAACUGAAAUUCUUCAAGACGGUCGGACAAUUACUGUAUAUUCUUCGUUAAUUCUAAGUAUGAUGGAUACUAAGGUAGUAAACGACCUCACAGAAACAAACUCGCAAUCCUGCUCAUUUUGUGGGAAAAGCGGAAAGAAUCUGAAUGACGCAACCAACGAUCUGAACGAGACCAACGCUGAAAAGUUCUCUCGUGGAUUCUCCCCUCUCCAUUGCUAUAUUCGGACAAUGGAACUGUUUCUUAAGGUAGCAUAUCGACUAGAAAUGGAAAAACCGACAUGGCGCGUAGCGAAGUCUAACGAAGCUGUCCGUCAACGAGAAGCCACCAUUCGAGCCGAAAUAAAACGAAGACUAGGGCUCAGAAUUAGCGAACCGUUACCGAGCGGUGGCAACAGCAAUGAUGGUAAUACCUCACGAAAGUUCUUCAAAGAAUGGCGUACAAUCUGCGAAAUUACGGGGUUGAAUGAAGAUCUACUGGAGAGAAUGUACAUCAUUCUAGUUAUUAUCAACUGUAAGAGUGAUAUCAACGUGGAAGUAUUCCAAAACUACUUGGAAACGACUAGGAAACUUUAUAUCAGCCUAUAUGGUUGGUAUCCGCUGUCUCCAACUCUCCACAAAAUUUUGGUCCACGGCGGUGCCAUCGCGAAGCACAGUACUGUUCCUGUUGGAAUGUUGAGCGAGGAAGCACUGGAGACCCGGAACAAGUCUAUCAGAAAGUUCCGAGAAUUCCACUCCAGGAAAUUCAGCAGAACGGCAAACAUCGAAGACGUCUUCCAACGUUUGCUUCUAACAUCCGAUCCAGUGAUUUCCUUGAUGAAUAGGAAAAACAGCGAUUCUCCUUUAAACUCUCUUCCAGCCAAAGCUCAAGAACUUGUUAUUUUGAAUUGA